AACAACACCAUCAUUUACUUCGCCAAGACCAACUAUAUUCCAGUCUUUAUAUCUUUUUAUAUCCCUGGGCGACAUUAUAUACUAGAUACUCAUGGUAUGAGUGCCAAUUGCAUGGAGUUGGCGUUCUACGAUGCCGAUCGAGGCUCUUCCUCAAAGCACGGCAAGGGCCAUCGGCUCGACGUCUACCAUCUCCGAUCCGAGCUCAAUCGUCAAGGAGCUCCUUGAUAAUGCUCUCGACGCCUCCGCGACUUCCAUUGCAAUUGAGAUUACGCAAGAUACUGUUGGCCUCAUUCAGGUCAAGGACAAUGGUCAUGGAAUUCCUCAGGAAGAUCACAAAGCUGUCUGCAAACGUGGAUUUACAAGCAAGAUCCGCACAGUGGAGGACUUGAGGACUCUAGGCGGCACAUCCCUUGGCUUCAGGGGCGAGGCACUGGCAAGUGCUGCUGAGAUGUCUGGUGGCUUGACCGUAGCCACGAGAGUUGAUGCUGAGGUUGUUGGGUCUCUACUGAAAUAUGGCCGAGACGGAGAGCUAUUGAGCACCGAGCGCACAUCUCACCCCAUUGGAACCACUGUCCGGAUUUCCGAUCUGUUCAGGCACAUCCCUGUCCGAAGACAAACUUCGAUCAAGGAUGCCAAGAAGACGAUAACAAAGAUACGAAAGAUGGUUCAGGCGUACGCGAUGGCCCGACCUACUACAAGACUAUCUUUCAAACUUCUCAAGUCCAAACUUGAGAGCAGCAACUGGAUGUACGCCCCAGGCCGAGACGCUACACUUAGGGAGGCCGCAAUGCAAGUUGUCGGUAUAGAGCUAGUAUCCAUGUGCGUCAUCAAGGAAUGGCCGGCACAGACGGAAGACAAUUCCAGUUUCCGUCUGGUGGGAAUGCUUCCCAGACCUGUUACAGAUUUCGCUCCAUUGAACAACAAGGGCCAAUAUAUUAGUAUUGAUGGUCGGCCAAUGGCAUCCGGGCGCGGAAUCACCCAGGAUAUCCUGAAGCUAUACAAGUCACAUCUGCGUUCACUUUCUCAUGGUGAUUCUACAACAAUCACUGAUCCCUUUUUAUAUCUGCACUUCAGGUGUCCUGGAGGAGUCUACGAUGUCAACGUCGAGCCUCUCAAGGAUGAUGUGUUGUUCGAAGACAAGACACUGGUCCUUUCCCUCGUGGAAAACCUAUUACAAGAUACCUAUGGCAAAUUUUCCAACCUACGCUCGUCAACAUCGGGCCCAGGAGAACAGGUCAGUCCCGUCCGCACUGCAUUCGACGCACUUCUACCAGCGCCGCGGAUUGAGCAUACCUCAUCUCUGCCCAAUGCUGCAGAUUCAUCAGCCCCUCCUUCUGUGAACAUAAUACCCGCACGCCCGCAGCCGCACUAUCAAAGUCCUCCGGAACAUAAAACUGCAUCUGCAAGACCCUCAGAGCUUUUUCGCGGGUCUAAAAACAUCGUGUCUCCCAGCGCAGUCGGCCGUAUACAUACUACGGGGCAACUUCAACCUAGUCCAAGGCUCCGUAACGGAGUGAUAACCCAAAUUUAUCCGACCAGUCAUCAUGAGACAACUCCGCACCGAACAAGAGGUAUCACCGCCGCAGGCCCCGGCACACUAAGUCCCAUAUCCAACAUGGACAUGAACGUGCCCACUCUCAACAGUACCUCCCAUUCACACUUGAGUAGCCCAGCCACAUGCCCAACACAGCUAUCGCCAACAACCCCGGUGCGAAACCAGACCCAGACUCACCACAAAGAUCGUGUCAGGGGGCACUAUGACAGCGGCACCAUUGAUGCUUGGUUCCACAGAGUUACUCAAGCUUCGAGUCCUCCAGAAAAUACUCGAGACCAGGCCGAAGAGGACGGUGGGCCUUCGCUAUCGGUACUCGCACAACGACGGUUCGGUGAAAGUGCGAGCCAUACAAGUGCAUUAGGUCUCGAGUCGAAUGAAUCCCAGUCCCCGGAUACGUCUCCGGCUUCGAAAUCACCGCAAGUACUGGCGCCUACACACGUCCCACGCACAAAAGGCUCUGGGCGACGCAAAGGCCUUCCUGUUCUUGAAGAGUGGUCUGCCAAGAUAUAUGCCGACCACAAUGAUAGUGAGAAUCUUGAGCUUCAGAGAGCUCUCGACUUCGAAAUUAGGAAAAAGGCGGCUGUCCAGGAGAGGCGGAUGCAACUGCAAACCGCUGGACCGUCGGGCAACCCGAAUUCCCCGCAUAAGAAUAGAUAUAUCUCCGCUCGUUCGGCCUUAGCCUCAGAGCCUCAACCUCGGGUUCUUAUUGCAGGUCAGGACGACAUACCUAGCAAACCCCUAGCGCCAGUACUAAACCCGCAUGACCCAAGAGCGUACCUGAAGCGUUUCCUAGAGGCCCAAGAGAAAGAUUCGGCGAACACCUCGAAGCUCAAACGGGUUGCCUCGACCAAGCUACCGUUCGAAAAGAUCCCAGUCGGCCAUGAUCUGCAUAAUGUCAUGAUCGAACGUCCGGCCGAGCUGCCCCUCCUCUAUAACGAAUUCAAACUUACCUCCAAGGAGGAUUCGUAUACUCAUACCGGCGAUAAAGAAAAUGCCCUGACCAACCUCAAAACGGUGGACAUUGAGCUCUGGACCUCGCGUCUUACAGCCCUGGUCACGGCUCAGUACAAAGCGGUCAAAGGAACCGCUGCUGUUGAUUUGCACCUUGACUUUUCUCAUCUGACUUGAUUUUAGAUCGUAUUUGAUGCUGUUGUUCCUUCUGUCUGAUUUGCAUUUUCUGCUUGCUUGAAGCUGACUGCACUGAUAUUCACUGACGAUUUCCUCGAAAACGAGUAUUGCAUGCUACGAUUAAUGAUCUUGCAUCCGUAUAUCUUUAGACCACAUAUCCGGUUUCUAUCCUCUUAUAUUUUCCCGUAUUGUCUGCUUCUUUAUCAGUCUUUGAGUUCCAAGUCUGACUGUCUGCGUCAUACCAUGCUCGAGUAAGCGAGACACUUGUGUUGCUAUGUUCCUGAUAUUUCGUCGUCAUGUUUCCCGUCCCGUGCUGAUUCCUUAUGAAGUCAAGAUAGCCAUGAGCAGAGUAGGAGUGCAAAGAAUAUAUUGCCUCCUGUCAAUAGGGAACACCUAUUUCUCCUUAUGAAAUGUUAGCAGAACGGAGUCCCAGUUUAACUUUCUGACCGAU